AUGCCACAAGAGAUGGCAGCAGCAGUUAGGAUCAUAAUGCUCCUGUUCUUGGCAUUCAGCUAUGAAGUUGCGCUAGGGGUUACAGAAAAUAAAGUAGAAAAAUUCCAUGUGGGAGUGGUACUUGAUUUGGGGACACCAGUGGGGAAGGUAGCACGCACAAGCAUUUCAAUUGCUGUGGAAGAUUUCUAUGCUGUCCAUCCGAACUACACCACUCGGCUUGUCCUCCAUGUCAGGGAUUCCAUGAGUGAUGAUGUCCAGGCUGCAGCUGCAGUUAUUGACUUGCUGGAGAAGUACAAUGUCCAAGCUAUCAUUGGACCACAGAAAUCUUCUCAAGCUGUGUUUGUAUCAGCUCUUGGAAAUAAGUGUCAUGUCCCAAUUAUCUCAUUCACAGCAAGAAGCGCAUAUUUAUCUUCCCAUUACCUUCCCUAUUUUGUUCGAGCAACAGUGAAUGACUCUGCACAAGUGAGUAGCAUCACCUCCAUAAUCAAAACUUAUGGAUGGAGAGAGGUGGUGCCCAUCUACAUGGACAACGAUGACGGUAAAGGUAUUAUUGCAGACCUUGUUGAUGUCCUCGAAGGAAUAGAUGUCCAUGUUCCCUACCGGAGUGUGAUAGAUGAAUCAGCAACAGGUGAACAAAUUACCCAAGAACUCUACAAGUUGAUGACAAUGCAAACAAGGGUCUUUGUGGUGCACAUGUCCCCAUCUUUGGGCUCCCUUUUCUUCACAAAAUCAAAGGAAAUUGGGAUGAUGAGCGAGGGGUUUGUAUGGAUUAUAACAGAUCGACUAGCAAAUCUCAUUGAUUUACUAAAUCCUUCAGUCGUGGAAGCAAUGAAUGGUGCCUUGGGGGUCGAGUCCUAUGUUCCUAAAUCAACAGAACUUGAUAGCUUCACCAUGAGAUGGUAUAUGAGGUCACGAAAUGAUCAUCCAAAUGACCCAACAUUGAAAUUAAACAUCUUUGGACUAUGGAGCUAUGAUACGAUCUGGGGGUUAGCUCAAGCAGCAGAAAAGGCCAAGGUUACUAAAGCAAAAUUUCUGAGACCACCUGCACUGAAAAACUCUACAAGUUUGGGAGCCUUGAAAAAUUCAAGAAAUGGUCCAGCAAUCCUAAAGGCACUCUUGCAAAAUAAAUUUGAAGGUUUAAGUGGUUACUUUGACCUUUCGGAUGGGCAGCUGCAAGUUUCCAAGUUUCAAAUAAUAAAUGUAGUUGGACAAGCACGGAGAGUGAUUGGUUUUUGGACUGCACAAAAUGGACUGUCACAGCAAUUAGACCAGAGGUCAAACAUAAAAUACCGGAACACCACACAUGAUCCGAAAAUUGUGAUUUGGCCAGGCGAAUCUACGAAGAUCCCAAGGGGCUGGGAAAUCCCAACAAAUGGGAAGAAGCUUCAAGUUGGUGUAGUCACAGGAAAUAAAUAUCAAAAAUACAUAGACGUUGUCGAAGAUUCCAUCACAGGUGUGAUUAAAGCAAGUGGCAUUGCAAUUGAUGUUUUUGAGGAGGCAGUAAAGAGACUUCCUUAUGCACUCCCUUAUGAAUAUGUAGUAUUUAACAUCGCAAAGAAUUCAAGUUCAAGCUACGAUGAUUUUGUCAAUCAAGUUUACCUUAAGAAAUAUGAUAUAGCAGUUGGAGACAUAACAAUUAGGUACAACAGAAGUUUGUACGUUGACUUCACUCAGCCAUACACAGAAUCAGGGAUAGCAAUGGUUGUUCCUGUCAGGGAAAGCAUAAACAAGAAUACAUGGAUUUUCCUGAAGCCACUCACACCUGGCAUGUGGAUUGGGACCAUAAUACUCUUUAUCUACACAGGCAUUGUGAUAUGGUUGUUAGAGCUUCUAGGCAACAACAAGGCUAUUCAUGGUCCAGUUCCCCGACAACUAGCUACGAUGAUAUAUUUUUCCCUGUUUGAAGAGAAUGAGAAGGUGAAACGCCUUAUCUCUCGGAUCGUGUUGGUCAUAUGGCUGUUUUUUCUUCUGGUACUCAAGUCAAGCUACACUGCAAGCUUGACAUCCAUGCUAACUGUUCAACAGCUCCACCCAACUGUAACAAAUGUCGAAGAACUUCUCAAAGCUGGAGAAUGUGUUGGGUAUCCUCAUGGUUCCUACAUCAAGGAUCUUUUGGAAGAAAUCGGCUUUGAGGUAUCAAAGAUCAAGCCCUAUGAAAGCCCUGAAGAUUUUCAUGAUGAGCUUUUCAGAGGAUGCAAGAACGGUGGUGUUGCUGCACUUGUGGAUGAAAUCCCAUACCUUAAACUAUUCCUUGCGGAGCAUUGCAAGGGAUACACCAUGGUUGGACCAAUAUAUAAGAAUGCAGGUUUUGGAUAUGCACUUCAAAAGGGAUCGCCAAUAAUAGGUGACAUCUCACAAGCAAUCCUCAACAUAACAGGGGGAGACACUAUAAUUCAGAUUGAGAAGAAAUGGAUAGGAGAUCAAAACAACUGCCAAAAUGUGGGCACCAUCUCUGGUUCAGGCACACUCACCUUUGAAAGUUUUGCAGGACCGAUCAUUGCUACUGGAGUUGCCUCAACCACCUCUCUUGUGGUCGCCUUAACAAUUUAUUUCUGCAAAAGCAAACAAGUAGAACAUGAAAAUGGUGGUUCAGAUGACAUCUUGCCACAAGGAGAAAUUAAAGAUGGUGGACAUGCAGAAGGCCAGAGGCAAGAAGCCGGAGCAAUAGAGAUGCAUGAACAAACAAACAAGCUUAUGUACAGUGGGCCCCUUGUCAUUUACAGAUGUGAAAGGAUUUCUAGCCUGCCAGUAUCAAGUUCGGCCAAAUUUUUGCUCAGUUGA